AUGAACGGUUCGUUUUCAGAAGAUAGUUUAAACACAACAAAUGUAGCGUUAGAACAGUGCAAAGCGCAAUAUGCUAAUGACACUCUUUUGUUGUCGGAGGUGUAUCCCGAGGGAUUCUGUAAAGUCACUUUUGAUGGCGUUGUGUGUUGGCCGCCAACACCCAACAAUCACACCGCUACCAUCAAAUGCUUCUCCGAAUUGUUCACAAUCAAAUAUGAUGACACACAAAAUGCAACAAGGGUUUGUCUCUCGAACGGCACGUGGUCGAAGUCCGACUACACUGGAUGCAAAGAAAUUAUUACACUACCUACCGACGUUGAAACACAAACAACAAUUUACUUCUUUGGAUAUACGCUGAGUUUGGUCACACUAGCCAUAGCUGUAACGAUUUUCCGAUAUUUCAAAGAACUUCGUUGUUUGAGGAACACCAUACACAUGAACCUGAUGUUUUCGUAUAUGCUCACAUAUUGUAUGUGGAUUGUUACGCUUAUUUCGUUAAAUUUUGAAGGAAGCAUCUUGUGCAUCAUAAUUGUUACAUUACUUCAUUACUUCCAUAUAACUACAUUUUUCUGGAUGUUUGUUGAAGGGCUCUACCUUUAUAUUCUCGUCGUGGAGACGCUCACCAGAGAGAAUUUUAAAUUAAGGGUGUACGUUUUCAUCGGAUGGGGACUUCCAAUGGUGUUUGUGCUGGUUUGGGCUGCUGUCAAAUCUUUUGUACCUUUUGAUCCAGACAACACAAAUAACUGUCGUUGGUUUGAAAGUAACACAAUCGACUGGAUAUACCAAACCCCCACGGUCAUAGUGCUGCUCCUGAAUCUGGGUUUCCUGUUGUGCAUCAUGUGGGUACUUAUCACCAAACUGCGUUCGGCCAAUACCGUGGAAACGCAGCAGUAUCAUAAAGCAGCCAAGGCUCUACUAGUACUUAUGCCCUUACUGGGUAUAACCUACGUCAUCACUAUCUAUGCUCCAACACCUGACAGAAGUUCGAUAAACGUGUUUGAGUGUACAAGGGCUGUGUUGCUGUCAACGCAGGGAUUCACCGUUGCACUCUUCUACUGUUUUCUCAACACAGAAGUUCAAAACACUCUCCGGCAUCAUUUCGAGAAUUGGAAAACAAGGAGAUCGUUGGGACCGAGGAGUCUUCGAUCUGGAAGUAGAAGCAAAGACUGGUCUCCGAGAUCUAGAACUGAAAGUAUUAGGUUAUAUAGUCAACCAACCAACAUCUAUCACAAAAGGGAAUCGUGUGCUUCGGAAAUUACCACCACCACCAUUGUCACCGUAAAUGGGGGAGGCACUAGACCCACCAACGGCACCCCCAAAGCUCGAAGUCCCUUUCUAUACCCGCCGAGACCUAGCUACGGGGGAAGCGUGUGA